CCACGACUAAUAGUAACCAAUGACUAUGCUUCAAGUCGGCAAUUUUCCCAAUUCAAAAAACGUGCAAUAAUUGUGGCUGGCUUUGUCAGUGUAGUAAGCACAACAAAAGGCAGUAUUGAGGCUGUUGUCAAUAGGACCUAGGCUGCUGUCGGUAGUUUGUCCCACGGUGGAGAAGCAGCAUUAGACACUCAGUCAAUGAGAGGAAUGGUUUAAACAGUCUCACAGACUGUCCCAACAGAACUAGGUGAAUCGCUGUCCACACUCUGCAGUCAGUGUCUCUUUCUCACUCGUUAAUUGUACGAGUACCAUUACAAACUGUCGUUGAGCUUUCCCGUUAGUGUUGCCGCUCUCCGUCUGCCACCACGAUUCGCCAACGACUACGCGGUGUAGCCAGGAUGCACCCUUACUACUAUGUCCAGUACAUACCAAUCUCUCUCAAACAGGAUAUGGAGAUGAAAGUUAACUGGGCAACUUCUCCAAGUAGCCAGCCCAAGCAGGACACAAGCAAGUGGUUAAGAUCAACGUAUGAACACUUUCACAUAUUUGUCGGGGAUCUGAGUCCAGAUAUUGAAGGACACCAGUUACGUGAAGCUUUCAAAGUAUUCGGAGAAAUCUCAGAUUGUAAGAUCAUCAGAGACCCACAGACUAUGAAAUCCAAAGGAUAUGGCUUCGUCUCAUUUGUAAACAAAGUGGAUGCAGAAAACGCAAUCGCCAAUAUGAACGGGCAGUGGUUAGGUUCCCGGCCAAUCAGAACCAACUGGGCUACACGAAAACCUCCUGCCCCAAGUCAGAAAGAAAACAGAUGGUCGUCAGAUGUAAAACCUCUCUCCUAUGAUGAAGUGUUCAGCCAAUCCAGUGCCACAAACUGUACAGUGUAUUGUGGAGGAAUUUCAAAUGGACUCACAGAGGAAUUGAUGAAGAAGACAUUCAGUCCGUAUGGGGCUAUACAAGAGAUCAGGGUGUUUAAAGAUAAAGGUUAUGCUUUUGUAAGAUUUGCUUCUAAAGAAAAUGCAACAACUGCAAUUGUAUCUGUACAUGGCACAACAGUGAACGACCAACAGGUGAAGUGCUCCUGGGGGAAAGAGUCGAACGACCCCAGUCAGACAACACAGCAAUUGGUAAAUCAGCAGCAACAACAACAGCCUUACCAGGCAACAUCGCCCAACACGUACGGUCAGUACUUCAACAUGGGCUACUACAACUACCCCGGCAACAGCGCCUAUCAGAGCGUGGGCCAGGCAGGCUAUAUACAGGCAGCCAGCAUGAGUCAAUGGCCCCAGUAUAACUAUCAGUUUGCAGGUGGCAAUAUGCAGAUGCAACAGCAGUGGGGGCAAGUACCAAUGCAGCCGGGACAACAGCAGUUCAACGGGCAGCAACAGCAGGGUGUGGUCGGCUACCCUAUGCAGCAGGAUGAGCAGGAUAUUCCCCAACUAGGUUACCAGCAAGCACAGUAACCUUCAUCUAGGGUUAUCUCAGUAGUACACUCCUUGUCCAGGAAACAAGUGACCGGAAACUGACCGCCGCCAUUCACCAGCCGUCUGUAUGUCCAUCUGUCCCCAGACUAAAGAUAGCGACAAGUCAGAUGGACAGACGGAUGGACGCAGCUUCGAUGGGGAUCCAGUGAAACUAAGACGGCGUCUUUACAUGCGUUGUACAUAGUCCAAAUAGGUAGAUUAGUUAGUAGUGGAAACAUUCAUGUGUUUGUAUGUCUGUGGUGAAGUCCAUGUGUACAUGUACGUACUAAAAAAAAAUUGUUUUGUUUUUUGUCCAUGAGGUAGAGAUUGAUUUUUUCCCCAGGUAUUUCUUGUGUAAAUUGUAAGUCUAUACAGAAGUUGGUAACGUCACAGCGAGAUAUCUUCUAUCCCUGUCGAUUAUGACUCUGUACAGUGUUGUAUGAUUGACAAAUGCUCAUUAAUAUUUAUUGUGAAAAACCAACCUCUGUGAUCAUGUGGUGCGAGAAAGGUCGGAAUGACCUUUGAUCUAUUUUGUACGUUAGCUCGCAGAGCCCGUAGCUAAUCAUUGGUUGGACGGACGUCAACCUUCCAUUUUACUACCUUGUACGAGAGAGCCAGUAUGGCUGCUACCGUUCUGCUACCUAUAGCGCACAUUUUGGUUCAAAAUACUGUAAUUGACGUAAUUGGCAUCCUGGGUAUUUAAGCAAUUACUUGGUGGUUAUGAGACUCUCUCAAGGACAGACGAGAUAAUAGUCAUUGCUAAUACGCUUUAGAUCAUUAAUUAUUGGAAAACAAUGUUUAGAACUCAACCUCGACAAAGUUAACAUGACAUGUCCAAACUAAUUUUGAUUGGAAAACUCCAUUAGUGUAGUUGUUCAGAUACACACAUACGUGAUGAGGCGAAGGACAAGAUGGGGAUUCUGAUUUAGGGUGUUAGAGAGAAGGGGAUUCUGAUAUACAGCUUCCACAGUUUGAAGUAAGGAGAUUCUGACAUCUCGUUUCCACUGUUGGGGAGAAGGGAUUCCUAUGUCCAGUGUUGGAGGGGAAGGGGAUUCUGACGUCCAGUUUCCAAUGUGGGGGAGGAGAUUCUGAUGUCUAGUUAGGCUGUUGGGAUGAACAGGAUUUUGAUGUCUACUUUCCAGUGUUGGAAAGAAGGGGAUUCUGGCGUCUAG